UCGCGUCCUAAUCCCAGGGUCUACCAAUAGAGCGCCGAGCGGGUCACAAAGGGCCGUGGGCUAGUUCCGCCUUCCUCUCCAGCCCAGCAGGAUGAAAAGCGAGUAUGCAAACGUGGCCCCAUGAGUUUUGUCCACUUUGGGUCGACUUAGCAGAAGCAGCCUCACACAGCAUUCUGGGUAGAAGUUUCGAAGGGAGGAUGAUCGGAAUUAACAAGACAUCUUUGACUUAGAGGCAACGUUCCCCCUGCGAGACCAUCCUACGAUUUGAUUUAAAUUUUUGGUUUAUUUACUUUUACCUUCACAAGACAUUGAUCCCACAAUGGCCAGUUUAGUCAACAAAGACUCUUACCUGCAGAAAUUGGCCAAGAAAAUUUGCACCCAGGAAGCCCCCGAGCUACGAAAAAGGAAAUUUGGAACUGGACUGGGAGACGAUAGCACCCAGCCGAAGAAGAAGAGGAAGAAGAAACAGAAGAAGCUGAAGAUGCAAGGCAAAAUAGUGGGCACCCCUCUGGACAAGCAGGCAGCACCUGGGGGCAGCCAAGCAUCACCAGCCAAGCCAACAAAUCCCAGUGCUAAGAAAUCUGACCCAGUUAUCAAAGCUGCACCCAGUUCCAGUGGAUCUCAGACUACUGGGGAGAAAGGGGGCAGAAGCCAAAACGAUGUUGCAGGUGGUGACAGGACCACAGCCGGAUCAUUUUCAGCCAUGAAUCUCUUGCGGCAGAGACUGCACGAGAAGAUCCAAGAAAUCUCUGGCCAGGGAAACAGCAAAGAGUUGUCCCCAGCAGUAUUGGAGAAGAGGCAACGAAGGAAAUACGAAAAAGAGAGAAAGAAACGCCGGAGAAAAGAGUUGAGGAUGAAAGAGAAAAUGGAGAAGAAGGAGGCGGAAGAGGCUUCAGCAGCCAUUUCUGAGCCCCAGGCCCCAAAGAAUGACACCAAGGCCGAGAUCGUCUUCAAUAAGGUCGAAGUCCAUGAGGAAGGGCUUAGCAAAGCGGAAAAGAGGAAGGCUCUGAAAGGCAACAUUACUCCACUGACAGGGAAAAAUUACAAGCAACUCCUGAGCAGAUUGGAAUCUCGGAAGAGUAAGCUGGAAGAUCUGAAAGACAAGGAUGAGGGGAAAGCCAAGGAGCUGGAGGUGAAGAUGAAGUGGACAAAUGUCCUGUACAAGGCAGAAGGGGUCAAAAUCCGCGAUGACGAGGACCGGCUGAAGGCGGCCCUGAAACGGAAGGAGAAGCGCAAGGCCCAGCGCCAGAAGCAGUGGGAGAAGCGGACUGAAAACGUAGUGAACAAAAUGCAGCAACGGCAAGACAAGCGCCGGAAGAACCUCCAGAAGAAAAAGAUGGCCAAGGUGGAGAAGAAGAAAGCCAAGGCUCGCAAAAAGGGUCGCAUCCUGCCUGAGGACCUGAACAAAGCCAAAUUUAAAUGAAUUGGGCUAGUGGACCAUUGGAACCCACUCCAGAGCAGGUGCUCACAGGGCUCAUUAAUAAAAACUAUUUUGUAGUUGAACCUCUAAUUUUUUUAUAUCUAAAUCUCCUUGGUUGUGAGAUGACUUGGGGUCCUCAGGCUGUGCAACUAUACUAAUAAGAGGGAGCUCCUACACAUGAGAUGCAAAAGAGAUAUAU